CAAUAGGCAGUCACUUCCUGUUUACGUUCCUGAAAAUGACGUCACGAGGACAACGUUCAUCAAACAGUUUCCAAACCCGAAACAGCCGAUAACUUGAGAAAACACUCUCCAAUACGACCGGAUACCAACAUAUUGUACUUUAGCGGAAUACCGGAACACCGGGGAGAGUCUUCGACCUCCGGUGUCCGCUGUCUUGCUCGUAUUUCAGGACCGAAGGAAGCUAGCCGGCUUUGCUAACCACAGCGAGCGUAAAGUAGCGUUAGAUAGCUUGGGAGCUAGCCAGCGAGUUAGCAACAGAAACCCAACAGCACUUCAUCGUGAACAACGGAGUGCUAACAUCUGCUGCUAUGGAGAAUAAAUAUAACCUCAAGAGUCCAGCGGUGAAGAGGCUGAUGAAGGAGGCGGCGGAGCUGAGGGACCCCACGGAGCACUACCACGCCCAGCCGCUGGAGGAUAACCUCUUCGAGUGGCACUUCUCCGUCCGCGGGCCCCCGGACUCCGACUUUGACGGCGGCGUUUAUCACGGGCGGAUCGUGCUUCCCCCGGAGUACCCCAUGAAGCCCCCCAGCAUCAUCCUGCUCACGCCGAAUGGAAGAUUCGAGGUUGGCAAGAAGAUUUGUCUGAGCAUCUCUGGCCACCAUCCGGAGACCUGGCAGCCGUCCUGGAGCAUCCGAACCGCCCUCAUAGCGAUCAUCGGAUUCAUGCCGACCAAAGGGGAGGGCGCCAUAGGAUCCCUGGACUACACUCCGGAGGAGAGGAGGGCCCUGGCCAAAAAGUCCCAGGACUUCAGCUGUGAGGCGUGCGGCUGCUCCAUGCACUCCGCCCUCAUGGCGCUGACCCCCAACAGCAACCCCAGCGCAGAGGACCCCGCGGCCACGGAGCUCGCCCAGCAGAUCAAUUUCAAGGCGGACUCCAGCUCCUCCAGACAGGCGAGCGAGAGCGGCGGAGCGGAGAGCGAGACCUCCGCGCCCACCGAGGGAGACGCCCCCUCACCUGCAGGAGGAGAGGGGUCCGAUGAGCCGCAGCCGGCGGAGGCGCCUCCAGCCCCGGCGGUGGCGGAGGAGCCCCGCCCCCCCGCCGCGACCCCCCCGGCCGGCGCCGGUCGCCCCCUCAGCCCGCGGCAGCGCCGCGCCCAGCAGCACAGCCAGCGGGCCCCGAGCAGGCCGGUCUUCCCCGCCGCCCCCCGCCCGCCCCUGCAGGAGGGGAGCCGCGCCGGCUCCGUGGUCCUCAUCGUUGUGCUCACGCUCUUCCUGGUUUCGCUCAUCUUCCGCCGGGUCUACCUGGCCAACGAGUACAAGUUCGACUACGAGCUGUGACCGCGCACUCUGCUGCCCCCUCUCUCUAGUCGACCCGCCUCCCUGCUCGCUGCCACCCAAACAGAACUAUGGUCAGCCGCCGUGGGACUGGGGGAGGGACUCUUCAUUCCUUCACCACAAUACCUGCGGGAUGACUUUUAAGUUCACUCUCUUCAGUGUUGACUGUUGUUUUUAAUCUGGGAAGCUUCCAGUGAUCACAUGCCCCCCCCACCCCCCCUCAUGUAAAUGUACCGAGGAUACGACUUUAAUUACAACUAUAAUAUAAGAUGUUA